AAACUGGGCAGCAUUUCAAUUCGAGCCCCCGUUUGGAGCGUUUCGAGCGUUUGGAGGAUCAGAUCCACGUUGCGUUUUGGCUUCAGCUACCAACAACUGUUAGGAAAUUACACACGCGCUGUCUCUCUCGCUCGCUCACUCGUUCGCUGGCCUAGCUCUGUGUGUGUGUUAAUAAUUUUAAAUAAUAUUACGAUUUUUCUGCGACUAAAGGUGCCGAGCCACCAGCAGGACGCUUCAGCGUCGUCGUCACCGUGUGCGUUGUGACCAAGAAAACGGAAAAUUUUUAAAUUGUUCUACAAAUACAUAUUGAGAAAAGAUAUAUAACUACAACUGCAACUGCGUCGUGCAUAAUCUUGUGAUAUAUUAUUUGCCCCUCCUUCUGCAAAACAACGAUCCCUGUGCAAUUCUCCGCAACAAAAAAUUAAUCAUAAUUAAUAAUAGUUCUGCAAAAGCAAGCAGAUAGAAGCCACAUAAAAAAUUGAAUAGAAUACAACUGUGAUUUAAACAAAACUCUGAGUUUUUGUUUUUCAAAUUUGUGCAAAUACCACAAAAGUCGAAAUAUUAAAAAAAAUCUACGGUUGCAACAAAAUCUGCCUGGAGAUUGCAGCAUAUCCACAGUCACGAAGCGAAAACUACAAGAGGAAGCCGCAGUCAGCCUGGAUAAUUGGACGAACUGAUUAACAAAACAGUUAAAGCAACAGUAAAAAUAUUAACGGCGACGAAUCAACACGCUUCCACACACACACACACCCACGACUGACAGAGUAGAGUGCAGGAAGGAAAGGAGCAGUCGGCUGCCGCUCAACAGUCAGCAGCAAACAAACGGAACUUCGCUGGGCGAAAGUGAAGAUAUAAAAAUAAUAAACAGCCAAGACACUCGCUCGCAAUUGCGCAGACAAAUAGAGGCACUGUAGCUUCAGCCAUGGAACGUGAAUCGAAUCCAAUGCAACCCAUGUGCCGCUCUGGUUGCGGCUUCUAUGGUAACCCAGCCACAGAUGGGCUCUGUUCGGUGUGCUACAAGGACUCGCUUAGAAAAAAGCAACAGCCACCUGUGAGCAGUACACCUGUCUCGGUUCCAAGCCCACAGCCUAGCCCCACAUUCAGUCCGGCCAUUGCAAUCACCAACACCGCACAGCCCACAGUUACCAGCUUACAACAGCCACACAAUGAUGUCAAAGAGAAAAUCAUCGUAGAAGCCGCCGCUGCUGCUGCUGCCAAAGUCAAUACUGAAGCCAUCACAUCGGCGACCGGUCCAAAUACUUCCACACAAGCAGCAGCCUCCGCCAACGAGGAGGAUGACAAGGACAAGGAAGAUGAUAAGGAUGCCAAAAAGAAGAAGAACCGAUGUGGCGAAUGCCGCAAAAAGGUUGGACUGACUGGUUUUCAAUGUCGCUGCGGCGGACUAUACUGCGCUGUGCAUCGUUAUUCUGAUAAACAUAACUGCACAUUCGAUUAUAGAGAGCACGGUGCACAGGAGAUUCGACGCAACAAUCCGGUUGUCGUUGGCGAGAAAAUUCAAAAGAUUUGAAUUUUGCGAGAUAUUGUGCCAGUAACAGUAAACAGUAACAGUAGCCGUAGAAUGAUAAUAACCACAAUCCCCCUACACAUAAUGAUAUAUAUAGUAUAUAAAAAUGCUAUGCUGUAACAAAAUCUACAAAAACCUACCACCACACACACACAAACACACCAUAUACACACACACACACACACGGAAGAGUAGUACUAUAAAAAAUUAAUGUAAUUAUAAUUGUAAAAGAAGCGAAAGGCGAGAGCCGAAAGCCAAACAAUAGUACAGAGAAGAGAAACGAUAACCAAAUACCACGCAUAAAGUACACCUGGAGCAACAACAAAAGAGGGAAGAGCAACAGCCCCGGGCGAUCAGGAUCGGCUCAUCUCAGUGAGGCAGGAGCAGUGCGAGCAGGGACUACGAAUUGAACCAGACACGUAGCAGCGCUAGCAGCAACAAAAGAAAUUCAACAACAGCCUCUGCACAAGAUCGAGUGCUUCUGCUGGAGCCAGACUUCGCCACGUCGUUUUGGAGCCCCUUUUGUUUUGCUCCACCAACAAAGAAAUACACCAUUUUGCAAAUUGUUUGUAUUUAGCAACAGCAACAGCAAAAACAUUCAACACUUGCAACAAAUAUGCAAUGACAGCAAUGCACACACACAAACAACAACAACAACAAGAACAACAACAAUUGUUUCAUGUUAUUGAAGAACGCAACAACAGCAACAACAGCCUUUUCAGACAAUGUGGGUCGAAUGUUUUUUGUAAUUUGUUGAAGUGUAUUAAAAAAAAUUUAAAAUAAUAAAAAACUAUAAAAAAAGAACAAGUACUAAGCAAAAUUCAAUUGCAAACCAAAAUCUAAAGAAAAAAGGAAGGAAAAUUCAAAGAACACAAAACACAUUCAAAAAAUUCAACAACCAACACACAACAACCAACUCUUUCUCAAUUCUUAAUUAUCAGCUACUAAAAAAACAGAAAAAAAACAACAAAUAUUAUAUAAUUAAAAUUAUUGUAUAUGUAUUAUAAAAAAGAAAACAAAGAAAAACAAAAAUAUUCAAAAUUUAAGCGUAAAAAAACAUAAAACCCUCAGAACACAAACAAAAAAAGUGUAAAAAAAAAACAAAAACCUGAAGAAGAGGAUGAACAUUUUGCUAAAAAUCCACGACCAUGCUAAAAACAUAUUUAGAGGAAAGAGAGCGAUAAUGUGCGAGAGAAGCGAGCGAGAAGGAAGGAAGGAAGAUAGAGAAAGAUGAGGAGCGCGUUAAAGUGUAAAGCAACUUGGAGCAUAAAAAACUCCCUAUACAUACAUAUAUAUAUAUAUAUAGAGAUAUAAUUAAUAAUUAUUAUAAUUAAUUAGUGAAUCAAAGCAGGCAAAUGCAGUGCAAGCGGCGUUUUUUCUUCGUUUUUACUACCAAUGGCCAACACCACUCCCCCCACACUUCCACUUCCACGCCCCCAAAACAAAAGUCUAACAUAAAAUUGAAUUGAUUUUGAUUUUUUCGAUGAAUUAUAUAUAUAUAUGAUGAUAUGCAUAAACGUAAACUAUAUCUACAACUAAUUCUACAUAUAUAUAUAGGGUAGGAUGUGUUUGUCGUCAAUCGCAUAGUUUUCUUUCACCAUGCAACACGAACAUACACCCCACACACACAUAUUCUACGAGUAUAUAUAUAUAUUUGUAGUAGGAAUUACCAAGAAAUCCGCUUAAAAACAAACAUAAAAAUGCAAAAAAUACAAUAAAUAUAUAUGGUUCGUCUUUAGGUUUUAUUGCUUUAAGCGUUAUUUAGUUUUUUCUUUGUUUAUAUUAAAACUUAAAACAAAACAAAAAAUACUUGCAUACACAACAACAAAAACAUAAGGAAACCCCCUUUUAAUCUUUGCUUUCUUCUUCAUUCUGUAGUACAUAAUUUACAAACAAAAAAAAAAAAACAAAAACCACUUUUAUUCAAAUCAAUUUUUACUAUUAUAUACAAAAAAUAAAUUUAAAUCUAGCGAUAAAUUGUGUUGUUAACCCCCUACGAAAACAAAGCAAAAUAUUUUGAGUAAAAACUAAACUUACACCAAUAACAAAACAAAAACAAAAAAAAUGGAAAUAUGCAAUAAAUUUUGAUUUUUCAAUUGAAAUUCUCCCCACGACCAACAGAUCCUAUAAUAUAUAGAUCCUAAUAUACAUACGUUUCUUGGCACACAAAGAACUGAGAAAAAAGAGCUCCGGCAGAAGAGCUCAUACCAUAAACAUCCUGAAAACUGAAGAGAUGUUAUGUCUUAUGAGCUUAUACAUAUGUAAAUAGGAUCACGCAGAUCAGUUCUAGCUAGAGGUGCACUCGGUUUUGGAGCAGCGCUUCUAUCUACUCAUUGAUCGAGGGAUCUGAUCUCUCUCUGGAGGGGAUUCUUAAGUUCGGUUCUAGGUAGGUUAUCCCGUAUCCCCUGAAAAGCGUUUCAAGUCAAGAAUAAUAGUUUCAACCACAACUGUACAAAAAAGAGCAACCUAUAAAACACCAACUUCAAUAUAAUUUUUAAAGAUGUAUAGAGACACGGUAAACUGCAAAGAAUUGUAAAUCGAAGAACAGCAAAAUGUCAUUUUAAAUAUAAUUUUCGCAACAAACGAUUUAACAAUUUACUCGUACGUACAUAUAUAAUUCAUAAUUUAAUUCAUUAAACAAAUUCUAUAAAAUUAAUUAGUAAAAUUGUAUGCAAACACAGACACAAAGAAGGGGAAUUUUGAGAAAAAAACAACUAUUAACUAAAACGAAUCAAAUUUACACAAUUUUAAAAUAGAAUUUUUACACUUACAAAAUUUUUAAAUUAUCUGAAAACCUAUUUCGAACCGCUCUUUUGUUUGUGCCUAGUUCUUAGUCUAUCAAAUUAUUAUAAUUUACACUGCUUUAGUUGAAUUUGUGUUUUUAAAGUGAAAGGCAAAUAAUUAUUAUACGCGUAAUAAAUUUUAAUUAUAAUUAACCAACGUUUACACUAGUAAUUCUUUAUUAUUAUUAUUAUCAUAAUUAUUAUUAUUAUUCUAAUUAUUAAAUAUGUUUUUUUUGUUUGUUGUGUGCACCUCUUAGUCACUUUUGCGCUUAUAAGCUUAACAAACAGUAACAAAAACGUAACACACCACCCGAUUACACCCCCAGAUCUUCCCGAUUUAACCUUUGACCUUUAACAUCUCCAUUUGUGUUAAAUCUUUUUGCAAUUGCUAGCCGAAUUUGAUUGAUUGUUUGAUUGAUUCUUUUGAGUGUUUUGUUGAGAGUAGAAUCGAAACGAAAUUAGUCGAUGUAAGCGUAUGAAUGGGAUAUACAACAGUGAACAGUUUGAAUAUGAAUUAUGAAUGGAAACCAAUAUCCAAUACUUUAUGCGGAACAUCUAUAUAUAUAUAUAUAUAUACUAUAUAUAUAAAUAUUGUACUAAUGUGUAACUGUAAUUAGAGGCGGUGAAUCGACGGGGUAGUACUCGGAGAAGCCGCAGCAGAGUGUGGGGUCUAAAACUGAACAUAUAAUUAACACAGAGAAAUGGUAAAGCUAGAAAAUCUAAAUAGAAAAUAGAUAUAUACAUAUACAUAUAUACGAGCCUCAGCCUCAGAUCUGGGCCUAUAUAUAAGAGCGAAAACUAUUUUAAUUAAACGUAAAACAAAUGCAUAACAAAUACAAUAAAAAAAAAACAUAGAUGAUACAAACAACAAAAACAAAAACAACCGCAAACAGCAACCACAAAAAACCAUUAAAAAGAUCAAGAAAUUAAUUGCGAAAAUUUAUAUAGCUAACUGGAUAUAAUGUUCAAUAAAUGGCAAUUAAAUUAUUUUGAAAAAAAAACCUGCAGAAAGUGAAUGUUUUAUUUGAAUUUCUUCCGUUUGCCUAACAACCAAUUUACCAAUUCGAAAAAAAAGAAAACCCCAGACCCGAAGCCAGGCCCAGGUGCUAAGUAGGAUAUAUAGAAAAGAUAUGGAGAGCGGGAGAGCUAGGGAGCUGGACAGGCGGAGAGAUGUGGAAGGAUGGGUUGCAUAGAGGUUUAUUUUUAUGACAGAUUAUGUGGGGGCCGGGCAGGAGGUUCGCUCUCUCGAUGCAAUAGUAAUAACCUAACUAAAGUCACAGCAAGUGUUCAAAAGCAAAACUCAGCAACUACCUAAAAACAAAACAAAACUCAACAAAACGAAAUAUUAUAAUGCAAGCAGUUUUGCGUGCUUACUUCUUUAUAGAGUCGUUUAUGUAAAUCGAAAACAAAACAAAAAACCUUCAUAACAAUAAUAAUUUAGAUAACAACAAAAGGAAUCACUUAAAACUUAAGUUGUAAUCAAGAUUGGCUUAGAAAAACACACACCAGACACACACACACACACAAAAUAAAAGAUACAAUAUUUGACAGAUUAUUCGCGAUGUGCUUAGAUCUUAAGGAGAAUCGAUAUGGAAAUAUAUAUAUAUAUAUAUAGAUAUAUAUACAAAAGAUAUAACAGUUGAAAUGGAUGAAGGUAGCAGCAGCAAUGUCAUGAAAUUAACAAAUGAAUAUAACUUAAGUUAAAAUGAGUAUAUAUAUAUAUAGACUAUAUAUCUGAUAAAUGAGAAAUUGCUAAAACUGAUAAACCUAAAAACUAAGUAAAAUUAAAAGAAAAAUACAAA